AGUCUUUAUUGUUGACAUGACUUGCCAUGGUUUACAGCGAAAAUAAGCCAAACAUUGCUGAUUGUUCUCUCUUGCUUUUGCUACCAACACGCUCGUAUUGACGAUGCUGGCCACAGGAACAGAGGCUCCACUACCCCGGAGCUUUCUGCCUGAAUUUGCUGAUCUAUGUACCAAGAUUCUCCACCCAUCUCCGUCAAAGGUCCCAACAGCCGAUACUCUUUUCACCGGCCAACGCCCGACUAUCCGUCAAAUUUCCCCAUACCUUACGACGUUCUUCACAUAUACCCUCGAUGACCGGAUUCAUACCAACUUCAGCUCCACUAGACCCGAAGCGUGGACAGGCAAACUACAAGAGCGGGUGGCGACUAUCUUGUACAAACUAAGAGAAGACCGAAAUUUUGACUCGGCAAAUGCACUGGAGGGGUUAUUAGAAAAAAUUGGAUUCUAUUGUGGGAAUUUCGAUAUAGACGAUACGGAGAAGAAUCGAGAUACAAUUGAACUUGCCAAAGGAAGCAGUGCUGAGAUUAUUCCAUGGAAAGAAAAGCUGGCAGUCCUAUGGCUCAUUAUGAGCCUGGGGAAUGUUCAAAAAGGCUCUCCUAACUUGAGCAGCUUUGCAAAAGAUGUCCUGGCGUCGCGAUAUAACCACAUUCUUCAAUAUGACUCAUCAGCUACAUCAGAUCCCUGUAACGACAAGGCAUUUUUGAUGCCUAGUAGAUACAAUCUGCAACUCACCGAUUCACCGGCCAUGGAAUCGCUAUUGCGGAGUCAUCACCCAUACGAUAUUGUAUACCCACCAGCAGUUUUUGAGAGUGGACUAAGACCUGCCGUUGACGAGAUAGUUGUGGAACGUGAUGUUUUGGAAGGUAGCUCUUUAUUCCUGAAAGGAGUUCGAAAGGGGGAUUCUUACGAUGAUAACAAGACGCGGACUAUAUUUGGCGCCCUGACUCAUCCGUCCAUUAAUAUGCCUAGGAAUGUCUGGAAUUUGGAGGUGCACAUGGCGCUCCCACGAUUGGGUACCCGUCCACAAGCUAUCUCGGCCUUGUCGUCAGGCAUGGAAGGGAGCGGAGAACAGGAAGCAGAUCAACGAAGCGCGCAAGUUUCCCGCAUAUCCUAUGACAGUGGAUAUGAAGACCACGAUGACAUCUGGACAAGUCUGCGCAGAGAAAACGAGACCUUAAUAACGCCCUUGAGGAGUUGGGAGAUGCUGGAUGCGCAUUACCAAGAUCGAGAUGCGCGAAGGACCGAUCGUCACAUGGUAUCUCCAUAUGUCAGCGAAGCCAGUUUUGAGCUCUUUGACGCGAUCUACAGAAAUCAUUUUUCCCAUGAAUUUAACAGAGAAGAGUACCUCCUUGUCGCGGAACAGGAACAACUAUUGAAGGAUGUCAUGAACCUCAUCAUUGGCAUUCAGUCAGAUAGUUUCGUGUACAUACCAGAAACGAUGGAGUUCCGGAUUUCCCAAGAUGCCGAAGGUCGCUUGCGUACACUUGGCUGCAGUGCAACAAGCUUUCAGAGAUAUUUGAGGCGAUUCUUGGCUAUUGGUACAAAUAUGAUACGGCUGGAGCACGUAGUGCGAAUGAUUGAAGAUGACACAAGCCACGGACAAAUUGGUCUUGCCUUUGCCCAUGCUCUGGCGUCUUUCGUGUCCUUUAUUAGAGCCUGCUUGGUCGCUGUCCCUGACAGUUUAGGCGACGACAGCAAGCAUCUGCAGCUAAUUCGAUUGUACCAUGCGCUCAAUGAGCCUUUUUAUCUGCUAACGGUUCUGACAGAGAUAUGUCAGUGUAGUGAGUCGCCAUCCUACAACGCCGAAGGCACCUUUCAGAUCCCGCGUGGUGCUACCCUCCUCUCCCGCCUAUACGACGCGGCGUGCGCAGUUGAUACUGUUCUGACCGCGGGCACCUCGAAGAGGGAUCACCUGUUGCGCUUAAUCCUACUCGGACUACUCCAGCAUACUACGCGCCCAUACUUUGCCUGGUUUGAGCAAUGGCUCGGCCUUCCCGCAGGAACUGAUGACGGCCUCGAAACACUCGGAGGAUUGAUCGAGCAGAUGACAGAUGUUUGGGAUCCGUAUGGGGAAUUUUUCGUCCAAUACAAGGACAUUCCAGAGCAGAGUGGUGGUGAGGCGUUCUGGCGAGCAGGAUGGCAGAUGAACCAGGCUUCGCCAGCGCCCUCCUUCAUCCCCCUGUCACUGGCGCAGGAGAUACUACACGCGGGAAAGUAUUUGAGGUUGCUGCGGUUGUAUCAGCGAGAUCACCCGCUGGUCAGGUUACAGGACGAGGGGAAAACUCUUCGUGCACUACUCAGGCAGGAUGGACGCUUGCGAUGGAUUUGGCAAGAGGAUGAGGCUUUCAGAUUCUGCCGAGCGAUUGACCUUUGUAUCCAUGAAAUGAACAAUACAAUCAUGGAAGCAGAGAAGGCGACAGCUGAGGCAGCGCAUAGCGAAACACGACGGAUUGAAGAACGGAUUGAAGAAACUAAGAAGCAGCAAGUACGGCUGUUGGAUGCAAAAGCUGAGCAGAUGCGUAAGGCGAAGGAAGAACAAGUACAGAAGAAACGAGCAUUGCAAUCCGAAAUCGACGAGUUUCUUGCUGAGCGCGAUGCACUCAAACGCGCUCAUGCGGAACAAGCAAAGGCAGAAGCAGAGAAACACCUAGAGCAAGAGGUUGAAAAGGAACAUGAGCGACUUAGACUGGUAGAAGAGGAGAAAAGAAGGAUGAUUGAACAACAUGAAGCGAGGAUGAGGGAAAUACAAAAGAAAGAAGAACUUCUCGAAUGGAAGCGACAAAGAUUGAUGCUUGGUGACAAAAGGAGAGAAGUUUUGGAACGUGGGUGGAGUACAGUAGAAGAAUCUAUAAAUGCCGCGUACGAGUCCAGGGUAAUCGCGGGGGAAAGGGUCGAGUUGGAUGCGAAGCAUGAGAAUGGAGAACGGUCGGCAGAGACCGAGCUCAAAGAAUUGCAAGAAGCGCCGGAUGAGAGCUUUGUGACUGCAAGUGAGCAUUCAGUUACCGCCGAGGUUGAUACGCCAAUUCCGUCACCGGAGGAAAUUAUGGAUGAAGCGGUGCCCACUGCUGAACUGAUGCAGGAGAAUGAGUCGUCGCCCAAUGCGCUCGACACCAUCACAAGCUCAGACGUUCCACCUCCAAGUCAUCCCAGCAAUUAUACAUUGUCAUCCAAUGAUGACGCGGGCGCUCCCUCGCUAUACAAAUACAAUACCGUCCCGAAUCUCGCGGAGAUGGGAUCGCUGAAUGCGUUGCUCGACCCUUCGUCCUUAUCGCCCUUCUUUGCUCCUGGAUUUGGUCAAGCCCAGCAUAGUGUCGCGGCUGUGCCAGCGGCGACACAGACGGUCGAGACCGAAGUCGGUCCUGAAUAUGACGUACCGUCUGGGGAUCACGCCAACGCGAUUGGAACGGUUGGAGCAACUACUAUCGAAUCGAUGAAAGAGACUUCGAAGCAAGAAUCCCUUCCGCCGCUGGAUACAAAUGAGGAUCCUCCCAAGACGACGGUUGCCUUGUCCGGAACAUUCUCUUUUGCGCGAUUCCUUGAGAAUAACCUGCCAAACGAAGUCCCGUGGGGAAGCGAUAUAUCAGUUGAAUCUUCUCUGUCCAUACUUACCAUGCGAACACUCCAUUCGAGUCUCUCGUCCUUCAGUACGUUGAUCUCAAAAGCCGUCAUGAACGCUCUAUACCCAGGCAUCCGAACGCAUUUGGGAAUCGCCGGACGAUACCUAUUAUUGGGCGACCGCCUAUUUUUGACGCGCUUGACAAAAGCCCUGUUCGAGGAGGGUGGCGGUGUUGAUGUGGACGGACGUACCGAUGGCCACUGGCCACCAGGAUUUGGAGAGCUAUCAGAUGCAUUGCAAGGUGUUGUGCCAGAACACCUACAUGGUGACGUCCAUGGUGAUAUCGGCAAGCUGUCUUUUGAAGGCAAAGCUACUGAAAGAAACGCUGGAGCAUUGGACGCCCUCUCUUUUCUCCGGCUUCAAUAUACGGCACCAAUGCCGUUUGAUAUCGUCAUGACCGAAUCUACCGCACAUAAGUAUGAUCGCAUUUUUGAAUUUAUGCUGGUCCUCGAACGUGUUCGAAUAGCAUUGGAUCGGGUCUGCGUCAGUGAGUGGUGGUGGCGAAACAGUCCAGCGCGCGAUACACGACGUGCUGGCGAAUCGUGGAUGAAGGGAGAUCCUGACAGUCGGGAUCCGGUAUGGAAAUCCUGGAGCGAAAGGGAUAGAAAAGCUGCCGUGCAUUUACACUGGGAGGCGCGUGCAUUUGUUGGAGGGCUGCUGAGAUAUGGAUAUGAGAUUGGAAUUGGAGAGGUUUGGGAGGGUUUUCAGCGAAUCCUUGAUCGGGAAACUGACAAUGGUUUGGGAGAAACAAGCGGAAUGGAUUUGGAAGAGGUAUACAAGCUACACCACAUGACACUGGACCGAAUACAGUGGCGAUUGUUAAUGAGAGCCAAACAAAAGCCCGUGAUGGGUAUGGUGGAAGGUAUGCUGCAAAUCGCGCUGAAAUUUGCACGGAAAAUUACGGGGAUGAGCGAUGGACAGGCAAGCAGCGGACAAAGUCCGCACGAAGGAGAGGGAGAAAUAGUCAAGCUUCUAAACGCGUUUCGAAUUCGUUUUGCCAUGUUGGUAAAAGUCCUCAGAGGUAUGAUCGAACGGGACCUAAGCGGAAGUUCUUCUAGUCCCCGUAAAGGUGGAAGCACUGCCGUCACCGCGAUGGGAAAUGCAAAGGAGAUGGCCUGCUUUGCGAGGAUACUUGUGGAAGUGGAUGGAAACGGGUAUGUGGAAAGGGAAUUGGUUCCCCAGUUAGGGCGAUUACAAAGGGAAGUGGACGGAUGAGGAUCUGAUGGAAAAUGUAUGAAUUGUAUCUAUUGUUACUCUAAUUACUGUAAAAUAAUUCUUAUUCUCUAUUGUAUCUUCGAUGUAAGCAUAAUAAAAUUGAGUUGAUCUUCAUGCUUACCAAA